AUGGCUUCGCAGCUCGCCAACCUACAGAGGAGAUUUAGACAGGUUUUCGGAGACGGUGCCUUCGCCUGGUUUGAUCGCUCCUACGUUGUAGACUGGACUGUCGCCACGGCGGCAUGGUUCGUCGCAUGGCUCAUCUCAGAGCUUCCACCAUACGAGCGCGACUUCCACCGCAGCGACCCGACUAUCGACUUCAAGCACAGACACAACCAGAUCAGCGGUAGCCUCAACUGGACCGUCUCGCUUUUCGUGCCGCUCGCAGUGGCUGGAGCAAUAGGAUGCUUCAGGCGGUCAGCCCUGGAAAUUCAUCACAGCUCCCUCGCUCUUUACGCCGCAAGAGGGACAACCUCUAUAACAACGGAAUUCUUGAAAAAUCGUGUCGGCCGCCUCCGUCCCGAUUUUCUCUCGCGCUGCGACUGGGACAAGGAGAUUAAAGCUUGCACAGGGAAAGUCGAGACCGUGCUCGACGGCCGCAGAUCCUUCCCCUCAGGCCACUCUUCGACAGCGUUCACCGGGAUGACAUUCCUGUCUCUGUAUCUCGCAGGCAUGACAGGUGCGUGGUGUUUGAGCGAGCCCGCACGCGCGCGGUCGCUCCUCGCCAGCCGCACCGCUAGGCUGGCACUCUCCCUCGCUCCCUUGGUCUUUGCGACCUGGGUAGCAAUCUCGCGGGUGGAAGACUACCGACACCACAUAGAAGACGUGAUCGUCGGUGGUCUGAUCGGUGCGAUUUCCGCCACCGUGUGCUACCUCAUCUACUGGCCGAACCCCUUCGCACCAUAUGCCGUGCGGACCGUCCGUGCCCCCCGUGCCCCUCGCGCACGCAUGGUGUACACGGACGACGCAGACCCGCGUGACAGGUACGACUACGAGCUCGCGGGCAUGGAGCACGCGAACGGGGCCCCACUAGCAGACGCAGUGUAA